UUUCAGUUUAUUUUCUUAUAAUAACACAAGUAGAAUUUUUUAAAAAUUUUUUGUAAAUGCACCCCUGCGUUCUCCAGCAACGUUGCUAACUUUGCGCUGGUGCACAAUUAAACAUCGAACCAAGAAAAGUGUCAAAUGAUAAAUAUUGAAGUGUGUUUGUUUAAUUGACUGAACAAUUGGUCUUGUAACAAAAUAUUUGGAGCAGAUAAAAAAUUCCCGGUAGUGAAUUAAAGAUGUCACGUUUUAGUGGAGCAUUACAAUUGACUGAUUUAGAUGAUUUCAUAACACCUUCACAGGAAUGUAUAAAACCUGUUACUAUUGAAAAGACGAAAUCUAAGACAGGUGCAAAAAUUUCCAUUCAAGAAGACGGUUACUAUGAAGAAACAGAGACUGGCAAGCACAAGUUACAAAAAGUCGAGAUAACACUACAAGAUUGCCUGGCCUGCUCUGGUUGUAUUACGUCUGCUGAAGGGGUGCUCAUUACACAACAAAGUCAGGAGGAACUUUUGAAAAUUUUAAAAGAAAAUCAAGUACUUAAAUCACAGGGCUUAUUGGAGAAAGUACGUACUGUUGUAUUUACCAUAUCACAGCAACCUAUUUUGAGCAUAGCACAGCGCUAUGAACUGCCGGUUGAGGAAGCGGCAAAACGUUUAAGCGGUUACUUGCGGAGUUUGGGUGCAGAUAUUAUUUUAAACACAAAAAUUGCUGAUGACUUGGCACUGCUGGAAUGUCAAACUGAAUUUUUAGAACGUUUUCGAGAAAAUGAUACUGGUGGAGCUGCUCAUUUACCACUAUUAACUUCAGCUUGUCCUGGUUGGGUUUGCUACGCAGAAAAAACACAUGGUCAAUUUAUAUUACCAUACAUUGCCACUACCCGUUCCCCACAACAAAUAAUGGGUGUUCUUGUUAAACAAUACUUGGCACAAAAAUUAAAUGUAGCAAGUAGCAAUGUAUAUCACGUGUCUGUUAUGCCUUGUUAUGAUAAGAAGUUGGAAGCUUCGCGUGAGGACUUUUACAGUGAAGUGAACAACUCUCGUGAUGUGGACUGUGUUAUAACAUCAAUUGAAAUUGAACAGAUGUUAAAUGAAGAGGAUAAAACAAUAGAAUCGUAUGAUGCUAUCAAUUUUGAUUGGCCUUGGGGUACUGAACAACCCGAACAAAAUGUUUGGGCUCAUGAAAUGUCUGCCUCGGGAGGUUAUGCAGAUCAUGUUUUUAAACACGCUGCUAAGGAAUUAUUUGGCCAGGAAAUUUUGGGUGAUUUAGUUUAUAAGAAUUUAAGAAAUCCUGAUUUUCGUGAAGUAACUCUGGAACAAGAUGGUAAAUGUGUGCUUAGGUUUGCUAUUGCCAACGGUUUUCGAAAUAUACAAAAUCUUGUACAAAAAUUGAAACGUGGCAAAAUAGCUUAUCAUUUUGUGGAAGUAAUGGCUUGUCCCUCAGGUUGUAUAAACGGUGGAGCACAAAUACGGCCGCCAGCUGGUAUGCCUGUACGUGAGCUUUCAUUACAAUUAGAGCAACUGUAUAGACAAUUACCAAAAUCAAUACCCGAUAAUACUGUCACAAAAAGUAUUUAUGAGAAUUUCUUUGACGGUGCACACACUGAUAAAGCCAAUAUGCUGUUGCAUACAAGUUAUCACGCGGUUGAAAAAAUACAAACAGCGCUUAAUAUCAAAUGGUAGAUUUCAUUUACUAUAUCUUCAAUACAUGGAGUACAAAAUUAUGACAAAAAUGUCUUAAAAUAUGUAACAAAAAUUUGGUUAAAAUAGUUAAAUAUAGUUUCUGUACUGAUAGCUUUUGAAAUAAAACAUUUUUUAUGGGAUUAACUAAGUUAACUACUUUCACCUAACAACAAACUUUAUAUGAAAAAUAU